AUUGGGCAGUCGUUUGUGCUACGAAAGAGAGUCGCUGAGCAGGGAGGUUUGCUAAGCGGUGUCGAUCCCACAGCAUUCAAUUCUGCUGAUCCUCUACGGAUAUGGAUCGUCCAAGUUGGGGUUAUCAUCAUGAUGACCCAACUGUUGUCCCUGGGUCUCCGAAGGAUGCGGCAGCCUAAAGUCAUCGCGGAGGUACUUGGCGGUAUCCUGCUAGGACCUACUGCCUUCGGUCGUAUCCCCGGCUUCAGCAAACAUAUCUUCCCAGAGGAUUCUAAGCCCUAUCUCUCGUUGGUAGCAAACAUUGGUCUAUGCUUGUUCCUGUUCCUGGUCGGCCUUGAGAUCGAAGCCAGCGUGAUAAAGAAGAAUGCAAGGUUGUCAGCUACCGUCGCACUUGCUGGCAUGUGUCUUCCCUUUGGACUGGGAGCAGCUCUGUCUGUGCCCCUGUACCAUCAGUUCAUCGACUCGAGCGUCAAAUUCACGCAUUUCAUGCUCUUCACUGGUGUUGCCUACUCCAUCACGGCAUUUCCGGUCCUCUGUCGGAUCCUCACGGAACUCAAGUUGCUUGAUACGACAGUGGGUAUCGUCGUCCUGUCUGCUGGCGUCGGCAACGACAUCAUUGGAUGGACACUCCUGGCUUUGAGCGUCGCAUUGGUCAAUGCAGGCUCGGGGCUUACUGCCUUGUGGAUCUUGCUGACGUGCGUUGGAUGGACUUUAUUCCUCCUCUUCCCUGUCAAGAGACUUUUGCUUUGGUUGGCCCGCCGCACUGGGUCUAUCGAGAAUGGUCCUUCUAUGUUCUUCAUGACUAUUACGGUGCUCCUAUUGUUCGGAUCUGCAUUUUUCACCGAUAUCAUCGGUGUCCAUGCUAUCUUUGGCGCUUUCUUGGCAGGUUUGAUAGUGCCCCGUGAAGGAGGCCUCGCUAUCUUCCUUACCGAAAAGCUUGAAGAUUUGGUCUCUAUCAUUUUCCUUCCAUUAUACUUCACGUUGUCCGGUCUGUCGACUGACCUUGGUCUGUUAGAUAAUGGAAUCACGUGGGGCUUCACGAUCGCCAUAUGUGCUCUCGCAUACUUCGGCAAGUUUGGUGGUUGCACUGUUGCCGCGAGGUUCGCAGGUUUCUCAUGGCGGGAAGCCAGCACUAUCGGCUCCCUGAUGAGUUGUAAAGGCUUAGUGGAGCUGAUCGUGCUCAACGUCGGGCUCUCUGCUGGAAUUCUAAGCAAGCGGGUAUUUUCGAUGUUCGUCCUGGAGGCAUUGCUCUUGACUUUCAUGACGACUCCGGCCGUUACCUACCUGUACCCGCCUGAGCGGCGCGUGCGCGUCUCUGCUGCAGGGCACACAAUCCCACCUGGCAACGAACCCGGCACGAGGCCUGAAUCCGGUUACAGCGGCAAGGAACAUACCGAGUUGGUGGACGAGUCUUGGAGAUCGCGCUUCACUGUGGUCCUCGACAAGAUCGAGCACCUCCCCGGGAUGAUGGCUAUCACGCAGCUCUUCCAAGCACCGAUCCCGUUAGAUUCUGAUCCUGUCGACGCGCAGUCUGCUUCGGUGCUCAGUGAUUCUACCCCUGGGCUGAAGAAGGGACCGGAGGUGGCCGUGGAUGCCUUGCGGUUAAUCGAGCUGUCUGAUCGUACAUCUGCGGUCAUGAAAGGUUCAGCCCCGGUGGAAACUAUGAUCCAGACCGAUCCGCUACUGGGCAUAUUCAGGAUGUUUGGAGAGUUGAAUGAUUUGCCCGUAUCCUCUUCACUGUCCAUCGUCACUUACGAUAGUCUGGCGUCUAACGUGGUGGAGCACGCGAGGGAAAAUUUCUCGCAGCUGAUCCUGCUACCCUGGCUACCCCCGAUCCCGGCUAGCGAGCAUACGACGCUCGCUACUAAUGCAGGAGACUCUAGCAUGCCAGCGAUCACCCCUCGCACCGUCAUGAUGAAUCCUUUCGAUACACUCUUCAAGUCACCACCCGCUGAAAAGUCGGCUUCUGCCACGCACUCGCAUUUCAUCCGGGGUGUAUUCGCCCAUUCGACCACGGAUGUUGCUCUCUUCGUUGAUCAAGGUCAUGCUCCUGGUGAAAUGCGCAACGCUGGGAGCAAGCACCAUCUGUUCCUGCCGUUCUUCGGUGGACCGGAUGACCGGUUGGCUUUGGAGCUGAUCGUGCAAUUGUGUGCCAACCCAAAGAUUAGCGCAACUGUAGUCAGGGUCAUUAAGAUGGAUAGUCCAGUGUCUAGCUCAAGUAUCGACAAGCCGUCGCCAGCUCAUCUGGGUAGUAGGGACGGGGACAAUUCAGCAGCUAACAUGAGGGAGAACGCUCUGACUGUCCACUCCAUUAAUCAGUUGACGCACGCUACAACAUUCGCUGACACGGUUUAUGGGCAGGCGUCUACCCAGAUGCGCUUGCAGUCUGAAACCGCUGACAAUAUUAUCUGGAAUCGUUAUGCUUCUCGCAAUGGUUCGGAGAAGCCAAGCGCCGCCGUUCAAGCCGCCCUGUCUCGCAUUGCUUUCAUAGACUUGCCUACGCCAACACCCUUGCAUUCGAUCACGACUCAAGCUGCAGAGAAAUUUCAGUCUCUGGUGCAGCAUCAUACGAGAAUGUUGGUUGUCACUGGCCGAUCGCGGAGGCUAGCGGUUGAAAGUCACCACCAAGAGCUCAAAGGCUUGAUGGAGGAGCACGGCAACGUCGGACCCGAGGUCCGCAAGACCAUCGGGGACGUCGCCACUUCGUUCGUUAUCACCCGGUCCUACGUAGGGAUAGUGGUCGUCCAGGCUGCUAACGUCCAAUAGAGGCUCUGAGCCAUCGUCGUUCACGUAUAUGUAUUUGUAUCCAGCAGCAACCGUUGCGAUCGACUGUAUCACCACAAUUCCCGUCACGCAUCAUGAUACCCUUCCAUUCCCAUUCAGUGAAUAGCGUAGCCUUUGAUUUCGUUGUUCAUCGAGUCACGACCUUUCACGAUUCCCACUUCAUGUGCAUACUCCUGUAUAAGGAUGUUCUGGCAUUACCG